UCUCUGUGUGUCCUGGCUUUUCUAGUGCUUGAUAUGUCGGCUCGGCUCUGCCUCUGAGCGCUGAGCGCUGAGAUUAAAGCUUGGGCAACCACGCCUGGGGCUUUUUGUUGACGUUAAUGUUAACUAUGAAACUAAAAAUUUACAGGAUAUAUCAGGCACUUCUGUGCCAGGUUUUAACUUCUAAAAUCUUGUAUAGGCUAAGAUUGGCCAACAUUAGCUAGUCUUAUAUUGUCAAGUAUAGUAUGACUAAGAGUUUUCAGUCAGGGGUGGUGGCGCACACCUCUAUCUCAGCACUUGGGAGGCUGAGGCAGGCGGAUCUGUGAGAGUUUGAGGCCAACCUGGUCUACAAGAGAGUUCCAGUAUAGCCAGAGCUACUUAGAAAGAUCCUGUCUCAAAACAAAAACUAGUUUUUAGACAGGCAUGGUAGUACCUAUAACAUUUAGAGGCUGAGGCAGGAGAGUUACGAGUUUAUAACUAGGGUGAACCAGGCUAUAAAGCAGGACCUGGUCUCACACUAACAAAAGUUUUUACCUCGUGUCUAUCAACUGGAACCGUAAAAGGCAUGGAUGGUGAAGGUCAUACAACUAACCAUUCCCAGGCUCACUGUUUGGCAGACCUUUCAAGUGCCUAUGGAACAUUAUUUUAAAUCCACUGUAUUAAGUUACAAAUCUCCGUACAUUAAAAAUGAAAGGGACUGCAGGUGCCUCGGAGGUUAAGAGCAUAUAUUGCUCGUCCAGAGCAUAUGCCUGCCUUGGAUUCCUAGCGCCCACAUCAGGUGGCUCAGCCCAUAGAACUCUAACCACCAGGGUCCUGAUAGCCUGCACUCGUGCAUAGACCCUCACACACACACACACACACACACACACAUGCACACACACAUAGUUUAAAAAAUGAAAGGGAAGUAAUAUUGUCUCAUUCUGUAGAGGUUUGGAAUCACAUCAGAUGUCCAAAUUUUUGUUUUGGAACUGGGGAGGUGGGGCAAGAGUGUUGGCAGUCAGUGAAGAGUUGGUUCUUGGUUGGGUAUAGGGACAUUAACAACUGGUUACUGUGCUCAAGGAAAGGGGAACAAAUACAGUUAGACGUGAGUAUAGAAAUUAAGCCAGAUUUUUUUUUCUUUUAAGGAAAUGCAACUAUCAAUAUUGACUCCAGAAGAGAGAAGGUUAACAAUGGAAGACGUUGGGAAGGUUAUCAGAAAGCUGUCGUCAUCAAUGCCAGGCUCGGUCGAUGUCACAGGUUAAAACGUUUUCCCAGAGAAGAAAGACCGUAAGCACCAUGAUGGACUCAGAAGCGCAUGAUAAGAGGCCCCCAAUGUUGACCUCUUCAAACCAGGACCUGUCUCCUCACAUCGCAGACGUGGGUGAGGUAAAGCAUUACUUCUGUGGCUGCUGCGCGGCGUUCAACAAUGUGGCCAUCACCUACCCUGUCCAGAAGAUCCUCUUUCGGCAGCAGCUGUACGGCCUCAAAACCCGGGAUGCGAUACUCCAACUGAGAAGGGAUGGGUUUCGAAACUUGUAUCGUGGGAUCCUUCCCCCGCUGAUGCAGAAGACAACCACGCUGGCGCUUAUGUUUGGUCUGUACGAGGACCUGUCACGCCUGCUCCGCAAGCAUGUGAGCGGUGCUCCCGAGUUUGCCACCAGAAGUGUGGCGGCGCUGCUUGCUGGGACAACAGAAGCCGUUCUCACUCCAUUAGAAAGGGUUCAGACUUUGCUUCAGGACCACAAGCAUCACGAUAAGUUCACAAACACUUACCAGGCCUUCCGGGCCCUGAGAUGCCAUGGAAUCGCAGAGUAUUACCGAGGCUUGGUGCCUAUCCUUUUCCGAAAUGGAUUCAGCAAUAUCCUGUUUUUUGGCCUUCGAGGGCCCAUUAAGGAGCAUCUGCCUACUGCCACCACGAAUAGUGCGCAUUUGGUCAACGACUUUAUCUGUGGAGGUGUGCUGGGUGCCGUGCUGGGGUUCUUAAGCUUCCCAAUUAAUGUUGUAAAGGCUCGGAUCCAGUCUCAGAUUGGUGGGCCGUUCCAAUCUUUCCCCAUGGUUUUCAAGACAAUCUGGCUUGAGCGGGACAGGAAUCUGAUCAAUCUCUUCAGAGGAGCCCAUCUGAACUACCAUCGCUCUCUCAUCUCCUGGGGAAUAAUCAAUGCAACCUAUGAGUUUCUGUUAAAGAUUGUAUGAUAAGGUCACUAUAGGAAAUGUUAUUCUCCUCCAACUAGACCUAAAGAGAGUGCAGUUUGUCUUUGUUCCUAAUUGGCUUAAAUACCAGUUGGCAUAAGUCAGGCCAUAAUAUAUUAUGGACAAAGCAUUGACAAAACAUAAAGGGUUUCAGUGGGCAGAUGUCAGGGUUUUGGUUUGCUCAUUACUUGAGCUUUAGGCUGUUACCGGGUAACUAGCCGUGUGUCUGAUGACCUUUUCAGGGCGGCUGUCAGCCAAGGUAGAUUCCUUUUCCUCCCGGAAGCCAGCGGUUGCUAGGCCUUCUGUGUGGAAACGGUGGCAUCAGCAGCCAGAGCGUGUGCCCCUGUCCCAGGGCUUCUCAGGCUCACCUUCUCACCUCCUUCACUGCUUCUCCGCCCUCGGGCCAUCUUCACUAAACCCCAGCACUGCACGGUGCGGAGUUGUCCGAGUUAGCUCUGAGACUGAGGGCUGUUGAGGCAGCCAUUGUCCACACUUUACUUAGAUUUGGUAGACUGCGCAGCUAAUGACAGCUUUCAUUUCCCUGUUUAGCUUUGAACAUUUUCUCUUUAAUUCAGAAUGUGACUUUUAAGCCCUUCCAGAAUGUUCCUGUGCUUUUUUUUUUUACUGAAUUCAUUGCCAAAAGAUAGGGUGACCAGUGGGGGCAUUGUCCCUUGUGAGUGGUACCUGUCAUGUUCGUCUCCUGGUCUCUGGUACUAGACUUUAACAAUAAACACUUCCAUAAAGUUUUA